AUGGCCAUCGCCUACAUCACCUACUGGAUGGGGGAAGGGGAGGAUAGGCACAAGACAAAAUCAUCUGGACAACAUCUUGGAAAAAAGGGAUCCGGACUCGUUUUUGCUGAUCAUCUUCCUUCGACUAAUUGUACACUGGCAGUUAUUGGUUUACAGUAUGGAAAUUCUCCGAAAACGUGGACUCGAGUUAUCGUGGAGGGCAGACCUGAUCCAACGCACGCAAAGGUGUACCUCAUCGACUAUGGAAUGCGGCAACUUGUAAACGCACGAAGCUUGUAUGAAAUGCCUAUCGAGAUGAUGCGAGUUCCACCCCAAGCGUUUCCUAUCAUUCCGAAGAUCUCACAACCUCCCGAUCUUGGUCCCGGUGAAUGGCAAAAAUUGAAAAAUGUUCGCAUAACCGUUCAUAUGAGAGGUGUGAAAGAUGGCAAAUUUGUAUGCGACCAAAUGACGGUCUAUGACGCUUCUACACGUACGGACGUCGACUUUGGUGCCGCAUUACGGAGCAACAUCCAGCUAGAACUGUGA